AUGAAUUAUGCUCAAUCUACCACAUUAUCAAAUGGAGCUGAUUUUAUUCGAAGACUUGUUGAUUAUGAUAAACAUGAUCUCCUUCCAAAGACACGUUUUGCAACAUUAAAAAUUAAAAAUUUCUAUAAUAUGAUUCCACAUGAUCGUAUCAUUGAAGCAUUAGGUCAAUUUUUAUCUGAUACAAUAGUUAUUGGUCGAGAACAAAACCUCUCAAUUGAAACUAUUCAACAAUUAACACAAUUAGUUUUACGUAAUAAUGUGUUUACUUACAAUGACACUAUUUAUCGUUAUGUAAAAGGAAGUCCACUUAGUUUGCCACUGACUCGAACAUUAGGAAAUAUUUAUCUUCGUCAAUGGCAAAGAUUGUUUGUCAAAGAAUUGGCUGACAAUAGUGAAUUUUAUGGAAGGUAUCAUGAUAUAGCAUUUCUAACAUGGAAUGCACAGAUUGAAAAAUUAGAAAAACUUUUCAAUGAACUUGAUCAACAAUAUCCAGAUAUUCGUAUUACUACAUCGAUUGGAUUAAAUGUUCAUUUUCUUGGUGCAUACAUCGAAAACCAAGGAGAAGGUCAUCUGUAUACACAUGUUCAUCAUGAACCAACUAUACCAGCAUAUGUACUACUCUAUGUCAUUGGUCAUCCACGAUUGAUCUAUCGUCAGUGGUUUCAAUGGGCUCUUAUACGUGCUGUUUGUUAUUGUUCAUCUACGAAAAAUUUUGAUCAAGAACGAUUUUAUAUCGAAUUAACAUUUCUUGCCAAUGGUUAUUCACUUAAUUUUGUCAAUCUUGCGUUAAACAAUUUUUUGCCAAUUAUUUUGCUGUCACUCUUGAAUCUUGUCUUGAUGAUCGUAUCUAUAAAUCACUUCGUCUUCGAUUAUUUCGUCUAA